AUGGCCUCCGAGACAAUUACACCGCCUGGCCUCGUGCAGCAGCGCUGGACGUUUAACGCGACGCUCGAUGGGCUCUUCCUGCACCUGCCCGGGCGCGUGCACGUCCGCUACGACCCGGCGGCCAACGCCAGCGCCGUCGUGACGGCCUCGGCCACGUCCUCGGACCUCCUCGCGCUCGUGUUUGCGAGCGUUGGCAACCGCAGCUUGGACACGCACAUCGAGAUCGACGGCGUCGAGCUGCCGGUACCCGGGCCCCACCCGGUCCUCAACAUCACGACCGGGCACCCGGCCCACGUGACGCGCGGCGCGCUCCUCGUCGACGUCGUGCUCGGCGCGCCCGUGACGUACCUCUCGACGCACGCCGAGACGAUCGUGGACGCAGGCGCAUUGGCGACGACCGACGCGACGGCGGCAAUCGAGCUCCGCGCGUUGGACGCCGGCGCCAUCUUUUACACCGACACGACCGGCGUCCGCGUGCAGAGCCUCAAGCUCGACGCUUCGGACGCGGCGACGAUCCAGUUCGUGUCGCCGUCGGUCGCCGUCGGCGCCAAGCUCUCGAUCGACGCCGACGACAGCAGCCGUGUCGCGCUCACUGCCAACGCCACGUCGGCGGCGACGCUCAAGGCGAGCGCCAGCGACGCCGGCGCCAUCUACCUCCACUCGGACGUCCGCGUGGACAAGCUCCUGACGUCGGCCGACGACGCCAGCGUCGUGAGCGUGUACCCGUCGGGGGCGUGCAGCACGAGCAAGGUCGACGCCGACGACCUCGGCGCCGUGUACAUCGGUUCCGUCGUCUGCGUCGACUCGUAUGCGUCGGCGGCCGAUGCGGGGCGCAUUGUGCUGCAGACGACCGGGGUCCUGCACGCGAGCACGGACGACGGCGGCGCCGUGGCCUACUUCAACUCGACGCCGUCGCAGUUGCCCAAGACGCGCCGCCCGCACAAGUGGUUCCGCUUCGACAGCCCCAACGUCCACGAAACGAGCACGAACGAGUAUGCGACGACGACGCUCCUGCCGACGCCCCGGCCCGAGCCCAUCGCGAUCGUCUUUACGCCGCGUGAGCACGGCUGGAGCUGGAGCUGGGGUGGCUGGACGGCGCUGGACGCGGCGCCGGCGGCCGUGGCGGCCUCGAUGGAAGCGACGUCGUUUGUCGCCUGCGCCGCGCUCGUCCUUCUCGCGGCCGUCGUUGCCAUCAAGCGCGUCGCGCGUGGACGCUACCAGCGCAUCCAGUCAUCAAGCGUGUCGCGCACAAUCACCGCGCCGGGUCUCUUUGAGAAGACGUUCAGCACGAACGAGACACUCUACGGUCUCUACUUGGACGUGCCGGGCCGCGUCGUCGUCCGCGCCAACGACGGCGGCAACGCCACCGACGUCACGAUCGCGUCCAACUCGGCGGCGCUCCUCGACCUCGUGCUCGCCGACGUCACCUACCGCCAGUACAAGGGCACCAACAACUCGUACUUGAACCUCACGCACGCGUACCCGGACGCCGCGACCGCCGGCGCGCUCAUCGUUACCGUCCGCGCCAACGCCCCUGUCUCGUACAUCUCGUCCCAGGCGCACACGGUGGUCCGUGACGGCGCGCUCGCGUCGAGCGCGCAGGCCAACGUGACGCUGCGUGCGUACGACGCCGGCUCGAUCCACUACGCCACGAACGCGUCGCUCGCCGCGUACAACCUCAAGCUCGACGCCGCCGAUGCGUCGACGGUGCAAGUCUCGACGCCGUCGCUCAAUGUUGCGUACAAACUCAGCUUGACGGCCGAGGACCGCGGCGUGGUCGCGCUCGCCGCCGACGUCGCCGUGGUGCCGUCCGCCAAAGCUAUGGCCCAAGAUGCUGGCGCCGUCUACUUGCAGGCGGUCGACCACGUCGAGGUCGGCAAGCUCAUUGUCGACGCCGAGGACCUCGGCCGCGUCAACGUCUAUCCCCAUGGCACAUGCGUCACGGGCAAGAUCACCGCCGAAGACGCCGGUGUCGCCAACCUCGGCUCGGUCGCGUGCCAGGACGUGUACGCGUCGGCGUCGGACGGCGGCGCCGUCACGGUGCAGGUGACGGGCGUCCUCUCGGCGUCGACGCAGGGCAACAGCGUCGUGCAGUACUUUAACACGACGCCCCUCGAGCUGCCCAAGACGCGCCGCCCGUCCAAGAAGCACGGCGUCCGCGGCCCGAACGUUCUCGCAACGCCCAACAACACGUUCGACUCGUUUGUGUUUACGCCCGCGCCGCUCGAGACGCCGAUCGCCGUCAAGUUGUUCCCACGCUUGACCAAGUCGUUCUGGGGCGGCAGCUGGACGUCGCUCUCGGCCGCGUCGUCGCCGACGGACGCGGGCAGCCUCUUUGCCGUCGUCGCCGUCUGCGUUCUCGCCUUGGUGCUUGUCGUUGUGAAGCGGUCGGGCCGUGGUGUCCGCUACCACCGUAUCCAGUAA